AGACAGAGGACGUCUGUCAACAUUGAGAGGAGUAACUCAUAUAAAAUAAAGGAAUAAGGAAGACUUUUCUACAGAUUAUAGAGCUUUUAGUGGAGAAGGAUCGACACAUUUUAAAAAGCGACCUCUGCUCAGGAACGAAGGGAAACAGGAAGUGGAUGGGUUGUUUUUUACAGAAGUGAGACUCUGAGCAGGUGCAGAGGACAGUACGGCUGUGGAAAGGGAACAUGAGAGCUCUCGUCCUCUUGGUGUGCUUCUCAGCGUGCUGCCUGGCUCAGAGGCCACAACCAUGCUUAUCUCCUCCUCUGAUGACUGGUUUCCUCUCUGUGAACACUCAAAAUGAGAAGCUGACAGCCUAUGCAAAGUACUUCUACGAUGCCUUUGGGAAGCGAAUCCGCCUGAAAGAAGUGGGAACUUACGCCAAUCAAAGCUUCCACUUUGAUGCUCUGCUGCUCUUCAGAAAGGGUGUUCUGUACAAGAUCAACCACAAGAACCAGACGUGCACCAAGAAGCAACUGGGUGCAGGUUUCCACCCGCUGGCGGUUCCAAGGAACGCCACCCUGUUGGGACAGGCCGUCCUGGGCGGCUCCUCCGGACCCGGACAGGGGGUCCUGGUCAACACAUGGACCGGACAGGUGCACAUGAAAAACAGAACAGCUGAGUACAUCAGCACGGUCACCGAGUUUGGCUGCAUUCCCAUCAGCACGCUGUAUCACACCAACAAGAAUGGAUGGAUGGUGACCAGCUUCUUCAACAAUGUCAUAGGGUUAACAGAUCCUGAAGAACUAAUCCCGCCCUCUUUCUGUGAAAACGCCAUCCUGGACGAGGAGGAGGAGGAGCCAGCGACAUUCUACAGCUUAUUUUAAAGCCUUCUUUACGGAAAUAUAAUGCAAGCUGCUGCACAAAUCAUCUUUUGCUUGCUUGUUUUCUGAACCUGCACUUUGAUCGAAUUUAAAGACUUUAGUUCAGCUGCAAAUAUGUAUUUAUCUGGAUGUAGUGUCACGAGAUUAUCGACGCAUUAAAGGCUUGAAGGUUCCA